AUUUGGUCUCAAAUGCUGAUACUCCGUGGGAAUUCAUAAAGAGGUGAGCGAAGGAGCAGCUGCGGAACUGUUGCAGGGAGACACAUUCCUCCAGCGCCAGGCGAGCUGGAACAGAGUCAGGAGGUGAGCAAACCUGCCCAGCUGUGGUUGGCGGAAGCAGGGUGGAGGCACCAGGAGGAAAAAGUGGGAUUGGACGAGUGAAAGAGAGAGAGAAAAGUGGAGGUGGGCGGGGCACACCGUCAGGAAGUGUGCUUGAGAGGAAUUUCAAGUCAGAGUCGAGGAGGACGCUGUCGAGCAUGAAUGUGAAUGCUGCCACGGACAAGAUGUCAGUGCAGUCGAGUGCAGCAACUCCAGCCGUGUGUCUUAUUUGUAAGGAAGGCUGCUCUGGUUUAAGGCCUCAUUCUUGGAGGAAAGCCUGCGUGGAGUGCGGGUGCAGCUCAGUGGACCACACCCCCGGUAGCCACAUUGACGACGACCAGCAGAUGGGACGCCUGCUCGCUGACUCGCCCUCCGCCCACCUGACGGCGAAGGUCAAAGGGGGCGGCGGCCUUCGCCUGUACAAGAGGAACCGCAUGAUUGUCACCAAUCCUGUGGUGUCACGCAAAGACCCCACCUUCAACACCACCACCUACGACUGGGCGCCGGCUGGUCUCAACCAGAAACUGGCCAAGCAGUACAUGGAGCUGAUGCCAGAGAGCCAGCGUCCGGUCUCUGGGACUGGAGGGGCGUUGCAGCGUCGCAGGCAGCUCCUUAGCCAGCUCCCCGCCUAUGACCAGGACCCUAUGAAGUGUCAGAGCCUGGCCAGCGACGAAGAGAUUGCCUCCAUGCUGCUGUUUGUGAAGCACUAUAAAACGGAGGUGCUGGGGGUUGGGGAGGUGGCUCUGCCAGCUGAGGGUGGAGCUCUGAGGGAGGCGGCCAUGCAAAGGUCCAUGAAGGAAGCCAAAGAUGCUGUGGAGCAUCAGUCACUCAGCCCCAUAGAGAACAGCACCACUUCCGCUGAUGGACCCACCAACAGUGCAGAUGACAGCACGAAGAAUCAAUAUCACUGCACUGGUUGCCAAAGUGAGGUUGCCACGGACAGCCCGGCAGUUUUUGCAGAGCGCGCAGGUUACCAUGGGGCCCGGUGGCACCCCACCUGCUUUAUGUGUUCUGAGUGUGGACAGGGACUGGUGGACUUGGUCUACUUCUGGUCCAAUCAGAGGCUGCUGUGCGGGCGACACUACUGUCAGAGUGUCUGGCCACGGUGCUCCGGCUGUGACGAGCUGAUCUUCUGCAAGUCUUUUCGCACCGCAGAAGACGGCAGGACAUGGCAUCCUGAUCACUACUGCUGCUGGAGGUGUGGACAAAGCCUGGAUACACCCUGCCAGCACUGACGCACGCGAAAUUCACUUUUAGCAUGUUGGUUAGCAUGACUGCUUCACAUACAAAUGGCACGUAGUAAUAAUGACUGAGCGGCGUCUUUAAUGGCUAUUUGGUAUUAACUAAGUGUCCCAUGGAGUGACUCAUGUUUAAAAGACCUCCAGCACUCUGCAGUGAAGUGCUGCUUCAAAAGUGCUUAACGACAUGUUUGCUGGACACCUUAGAGUCCAAACUACUUAAAGACGGGCUGAGUUGAUGUAUCAGCUCUUAAAUGGCUGACAGCGACGUGAUCCAGAUGAGCUGCUUGCACACCAAGAAAAUGUAACAUCGAGAAAAGAAAUUGCUAACAGCUAACAUGUCAGGGUUGGAUCAGAGUAGAUUUAUUUAAAGCAGACAUAAAGAAGGUUGAUUUAAACUUCUAAAAACUGGACAUCAUUUUGACGAAGCUGCAACAGAGUACUUACAGCGUGUGUCGUGUUUUCAACUUAGGGUGCUAUGUGCGUCUUCGACUUUUCUGCUAAUCUAUUGUUUCUCUGCUUUUUGGCACAUUAUUCUGAUUGUUUGACAUUGAACUUCUCUUCUGCUACUUUGCCGAACUCAUAGUCCUGAAAAAAAAGCUUCACUAGAGCAGGGAUGUCCAAAGUAUGGCGUGGGGGCCAUUUGCAACCCGCAGCACAUUAAACAAGAAAACAAAAAAAAAUUAAAACAGCAUAAAUGGGAAAAAUGAGCAGUCAUUUUACAAGAAUGAAAUCAUCAUUUAAGAGAAAAAAAGUUGUAAUCUCACAAGAGAAAAAGUUUUAAUUUUACAAGAACAAAGUUGUCAUAUUAUGAGGGGAAAAAUGUUAAUUUUAGAAGCAUAAAGUCUAAAUAUUAAAGAGAUUAAGUCAUGGGAAAUUCAGUGGUAGUAUUGCUAGAAACAAACAAAACAAAAGAAUAAGUUACAAUUUUUGGAAAAUUAAAAAAUGUAAAUAUUACGAUAGUAAAGUUAAAAGAAUAUGGGAAUGAAGUCAUAUUAUGAGAAAAUUAUGAGCAGAAAGAUGAAAUAUUUGUCAAAUUAAAAACAGCAAAAAUUGAAAAACAAGAAAAAAAAGUGUGACUUAAGGUGAAAAUGUUCAUAAUAGGCUGGUUUUUUUUUAUAUAUAUACACAAUGUCUUAGAAUACACUACUGAUGAGAAUUUUAAGACCAUUUGAAAAUUGCAAGAAUGUACAUCUUGUCACUGUUGGAUCUUAAGGAGGUUCUAAGCCGAGCUUCAAAAUGAAAAAAUAAGAAAUGGGAGUGAGACAAAAAAAUUUCUUUUGAGUAAGCAAUUUAUUGCAGACUACCAUUAAAGUGAAAUAGGUUGCUCAUCUGCUGAUCAAAAGUUUAAGACCAUAGCUCAAAACCCUCUUUAAAUGGAACUAAAGAAUGGGAAAGUGGUGAAGAUGGCUUCACAGAGGGCAUCCACUGUCUGGAACUGAUGUGCAUUUUUGUAAACUUCCCUUGCCAUCCAUCCCCAAAUGUUCUCAAUUGGAUUUAGAUCAGAGGAACACAGAAGAUGGUCCAAAAGAGUGAGCUUAUUCCUCGGGAAAAAGUCAGGUGGGCAUUGUGAACUGCAGCGUUGUCCUUUUGAAAGAACACCGACAUUACCACAGAGGCGAGGGUCUUCAGUCAUGAGGGAUGCCCCCUGCAACAUCUCCACAUAGCCAGCUGCCAUUUGACGCCCCUGCACAACCUGAAGCUCCAUUGUCCCGUUGAAGAAAAAAUCAUGAUGGCGCUCCGUCCACCGUGCCGUGUAGAAAAUAUCUCAGGUAAGAUCUCCUUGUCAUGCCAGUAGCUUUGGAAGCCAUCAGGACUGUCAAGCUUAUUUUUUUCUCAUCAGAAAGUUAAUUCUUCCACAUUUCAAUGUCCCAUGUUUGGUGUUGUCGUGCAAAUUCCAAAUUUGGCAAUUUUGUGGCAUUGAAUGAGGCCUGUGAAAACGUUUUCUGUUCUUAAAAGCCUUCUCUCGCCGAUGCCAUCCGAUGGUUAUUGGACUGCACUCAGAACCAGUAACAACCUUUAUGGGGGCCGAGGUCGUCCAGUGUCGUUAUGGACAGCCAAUCAGCUCCUCCGGCUCAGGGCCCGUGCCAUUUUUUUUUGGGUCUACCACUUGACUUUUUUGUUCCAUAACACUCAAGAUCUUUCUUACUGCAUCCAACCUCAGCAGCCAUGGCGUGGUGCGAGAGGCCUUGCUUAUCCAGCUCAACAAUGUCAUCGCGUUCACAGAGAGAAAACCUUUUUACCUUUGCCAUUAAGAGAUCUUGACAGUGUGAAUACCUGACAGAAAAUGACACUGAAUCCACAUUUUUGCCAAGAUUUUGGCUUUUAAAGCCUGUGGUCUUAAAACUUUUGAUUUCGCUUUAAUUCUUGUUUGCAAUAAAUUGCUUACUCAAAAAGGUUUAUUUUUUUUUUCUAUUUGCAUUUUGAAGCUCUACUUAGAACCUCCUUAAGAUCCAACGCUGCAAACUGGUCUUAAAAUUUUGACCAGGAGUGAAUCUACAUGGGCUGGUUUACAAAAUGUAAAAUAUCAAAGCGGCCCUCGCAUCCUUUGAUUUUUCAGUAUGCGGUCCCCUGCACCAGAGUUGUUAAAUACAGUACCGGUACCUUAUUUCUUGAAACAGAGGCCUCUAGUCUCAGACGUCAUGCCUCAGUUAAUCACUUAACUAAAUAAAUGCCACACGUCAUCAAUAGACGCCUCCAAUUUUCCCUUCAAAAGCCAUCUGAUACUCCCGUGUGUCUUGACCACAACACACUCCCUGCAAUCCAUCUGUAAAGCUGAAGUUUACUAAAGACCAGAGAAGAACGCAACCUAUAUCUACCCGAAAUUAGACUAUCUUACACUACAUUUCAUAAUGUAUAUGAUACAUUUUACAUGCAAGUGUCUUUCAAGAUGCCUGAUACUCUGUGUAGUUGAGUAAUUAUCCAUCCAGCCAUUAUAGGAUUGGCCAUAAAUUAAAUAUGCCAAAAUGGCUUUGAGCUUUCCCUGUUUUGAUAU